AGUCUAGUCAUAUUGCAAUUCCCAAUCACACGUUUAAAAGUUUCAUUUCAAUUUCAACUACCAACAUACAGCUACAAUUAUUAUCCAAAUUCCAGAAAUCGAAUAUUCAAAAAAGGUCACAAUUUUUUUACAGACAACUCGCGAGUCGCCACAGACACAAAAACCCAAGAAUUAAAAACCACAGAGAAGUGCAAAAAAAGUAAAAAAGAUUGCACCUUUUGCUAAUUCUUACGGUUGAAUGCUUGUUACAACGCAAACCCAUUUUCCGAAAUCGUGUUUUGAAAACGUUUGUGUCUGUUUCUUCUUCAAUUUCAUCUCUUUGCUCACCCACAAGGUUGGUUCAGUUGGUAAAAAGUUGUUUCACACUCACAAGGUCGUGGAUUCAACUACCGUUGUCGAUGUGAAGACCUCUUUGGUGGGUACCUCUGUCAGCGCCCUUUGAGCCUUGAGGCCUGCCUUGACCUUGAUGAACUCAUGGAUCCCAACUCAUCUAAACUUUAUUCUGCAGCGGUUGAUGAACAUUAGUUAUGUUCAAAUCCUGUGAGACAUUCAAUUGGCGUUAACUGUUAAGGAAGCUUUGGAGGUACUUCUAAUCUUUAGAAGGAAAUAAUUAUUAGUAUAUUCAUUGUAGAAUUAUUGUGGGAUAUGAUGGAGGUAUGUGCUGAAAGUUCCCAUUCCAAUGGGAAACAAACUUUGAAGCAUUCUAAAUCUGCAGAUGAAGUUAAAAGAUCAAGUGAAAACACAUGCAGAUGUUCUCAUUCCAAAGGGAAGCAAAAUUUGAAGCAAACUUCCACUUUUGUUAAUCAUGCUGCAAUUGCUUGGCAUGAGAAUAGAAAAAAGUGGGUUGGCGAUAAGUCUAAGCAUCCACCAAAAACACCUAAGGAACCAAUUAUUAGCUGGUCAACAUCAUAUGAAGAUUUGCUUUCUACUAACGAACCUUUUGCCGAUCGAAUACCCUUGCCUGAGAUGGUAGAUUUUUUAGUUGAUAUUUGGCUUGAUGAAGAAGGCACAUUUGACUAAAUUGUUGAACUAGUCAAACAGUAACUGAAACAAGAAAUGUGUAAAGCCUUUUUAACCUUCAAUGACCUCAAUUAACCUCCUAGCACAGCAUGAUUUGAUGGAAUGAUAUUCUUCAUGGUUAAUUAUUUUUCCACCAUUUAUCUAGUGCAAAUUUCAUUAUUUAAAGUGAAAAUAUUUGUAUCUAUUUAAUUAUUUUGUAUCUGCUGAUCCAUCAGGAAACAUAAGUUCAUAUCCAUGUAUUAAAUACAUGUUAUGAUCAAUACUUCUCAGUCCUUACACAAUUAGAACACGUGCCUGGGUAAAGUUUAAAUGCGUCUUCUUGUAUGGUUUAAGUUGCA